UUAAAUUAUACUAGCUACAAAAAAAUGGAAGAUACAUUUUUGGAUUGUAAUCAAGAACAACCAUUGGAAGAUUUAGAUAGUUCAUCAACACCAAUUUGUGAUUUUUAUCGUGAUGCAACAGUCCUUAUAACUGGAGGAACAGGAUUCAUUGGAAAAGUUCUUAUUCAAAAACUUCUUCGAGCUUUUCGUAUUAAGAAAAUUUACAUGCUGAUUCGAAGUAAGAACGACCUGAAUGCUAAUCAACGAUUGGAGAAGUUUUUUCAAGAAUCAAUAUUCGAUAAAAUUCGAGAAGACUGUCCGGAAUUAUUUUCUAAAGUUCAACCUAUAAAUGCGGAUUUUAGUUCACUUGACCUUGCUAUAUUGCCUGCAGACAGAGAUUUACUUCGCAAUGAAGUUGAGAUUGUAUUCAACGUAGUAGCAUCGGUGAAAUUUAAUGAAAAACUCAGCGAUGCAAUUGAUAUAAAUGUCUUGGGGACGAAAAAAAUCCUUGAUUUGGUGAUGGAAAUGCGACAUUUAAAGUCAUUCGUACACAUUUCAACAUUGUAUUGCAAUUGCAAUCUGAAAUUUAUUAAAGAGCAGGUGUAUGACAACGAAAUUGGUUAUGAGAAAAUUAUGCAGAUAUAUCGCGUAGUUGAUGAUAAGACUUUGGAAAAAAUACGACAUUGUUUGAUUGGAGAUAUGCCAAAUACGUAUACGAUGACAAAAAAAUGUGCAGAAAAUUUAGUUAAUCAUCAGGCAUUUUUUCUUCCGGCUGGAAUAUUUAGACCUCCAAUUGUUAUGUCAACUUACAAGGAACCUCUCCCCGGAUGGACGGAUAAUUUGUACGGACCAUCCGGAGUGUGUACCUGGUCGGCCAGAGGACUUGUCCGUUGUAUCCAUGGCAGGGCUGGGUGUAAAGCUAACCUCGUCCCGGCGGAUUAUUGUGUCAAUGCUAUGAUAGCUUGUGCUUGGGACGUGGCCAGAAGGUUUCAAAUACGAAAAUGUGAACGAACAGAGAUACCGGUCUACAAUUAUAUUUUCAGUGGCAACAAUCUGACUUGGGGUCAGUACAUGCACUUGGCCCGCAGGGGAUUCCACGAACCGUUUGACAAGGCUUUAUGGUGCUUCUCGUACUUUAUAAUUCCAUCGAAGCCAGUGCAUCGUAUCCUUACAUUUUUGCUCCACAACGUCCCGGGCUAUAUUUUAGAUUUAAUUGCCAUGACAACUGGACAGAAGAAGAUUUACACAAAAUCAUAUCGAAAAAUUGCUAAAGUAAUUGAUAUGAUGUCCUGGUUUGGCUUGAAAGAAUGGAAAUUUGCAAAUGGAAAUAUAGUCGAAUUGGAUCGCAUACUCAAAGACGACGAACGAACUAUUUUACCCUUUAAUUUAGGUUCAAUUAAUUGGCCAGAAUAUUUUCAUAGUUAUCUGAGUGGAGUAAGGAGAUAUUUUUUCAAGGAUACCGAAGAUGAGUUGAAACAGCGAAAAAAGAUUUAUGGAAGGAUAUGGCUGGUGCAUAUUCUAAUGAAGACCACUUUUGGAUUGACACUAAUUAUGAGCAUUAUGAAGUAUUUUAUGAAAAUCUUAAAUCUUAUUCCACGGAUGAAUUUUUAAAGGAAAAACAUUUAGAGAAUAAAUUUGAAA